UGCCAGCCGAGAUCACAGGCUCUAAGGCUGAGGCAGGAGGAGGAAGAACUGGAAGAGGAGACAGGUUAGAGGGAAAGAGGCUUGGGAAGGAAACAGCAGAAAAGAAACUACUCAUCACUCUUACAGAGAGGCAAAUGACGGUGGAGAUGAGGACGGAGAGAGACAAGACCAUGAAAGCCAAAAAAUACAAAUAGAGCGAAAGAGGGGGAAAAAAAGAUGCCAAGAACAUCCAUCCGGAGAAAUGAAGAGAAUGAAAGUUUUAUGCUGCAGAGCCGUUAUGUGCUUUUCCGGCACAAAAUUCUCUCGCUGUUUUUAAGCCCUUUUGCAUUUGCCCGCCGUUGACGUUAAGAGGCAUGUUCAGCGGUGCCGGCAGCAUCUCCUCUUCCUUCUCCUCUUCCUCUUCAUCUUCCUCCUCCUCCUUUCCCUCCUCCUUCUCCUCCCAUCAGCAGGAAGACAAACCGAGGACAGUGUUGAAAUAUCGAAAUUUCCUCCUUGGGAUUUGCCAGCGUCGCGUUGCGCCAAGACUGUCGGAAUAAAGGACGCUGACUAUUGUAUUAUUAUUUUAUUAAUUGGUCAGUGGGAAGAUUACAGAUGAGGAAAGGGGACGCCUGUCACCCUUCCUGCGCUAAGAUUGAAAAAUGAGGCUGAAUUGGGGGGAGCCCUAAAAUGAAGCAAAAGGAAUAAGAUUUUUAAGGACAGAAAGCCACAGGAGCCCCCCACAAAGAGCACUUUUAUUUGUAUUUAAAUUUUUUCUCGUGGUGGUGGGGGAGGUGGUUGGGUGGCUGGCUGGCUGCGGGAAGCUGCUUCCUUUCCCUUUGGAGAUGAUUGUGCUAUUAUUCUUUGCCUUGCUCUGGAUGGUGGAAGGAGUGUUUUCCCAGCUUCACUACACGGUGCAGGAGGAGCAGGAACAUGGCACUUUCGUGGGGAAUAUCGCGGAAGAUCUGGGCCUGGACAUUACAAAACUUUCGGCUCGCAGGUUUCAGACGGUGCCCAACUCGCGGACCCCAUACUUGGACCUCAACCUGGAGACCGGGGUGCUGUAUGUGAACGAGAAGAUCGACCGCGAGCAAAUCUGCAAGCAGAGCCCCUCCUGCGUCCUGCACCUGGAGGUGUUCCUGGAGAACCCCUUGGAGCUGUUCCGGGUGGAGAUCGAAGUACUGGACAUUAAUGACAACCCCCCCUCCUUUCCGGAGCCGGACCUGACGGUGGAGAUCUCUGAGAGCGCCACGCCGGGCACCCGCUUCCCCUUGGAGAGCGCAUUCGACCCAGACGUGGGCACCAACUCCUUGCGCGACUACGAGAUCACCCCCAACAGCUACUUCUCCCUGGACGUGCAGACCCAGGGAGAUGGCAACCGAUUCGCCGAGCUGGUGCUGGAGAAGCCGCUGGACCGAGAGCAGCAAGCGGUGCACCGCUACGUGCUGACCGCGGUGGACGGGGGAGGAGGGGGAGGAGGAGGUGAAGGCGGGGGAGGCGACGGGGGAGGGGGCCUGCCCCCCCAGCAGCAGCGCACCGGCACGGCCCUACUCACCAUCCGAGUAUUAGACUCCAACGACAAUGUGCCCGCCUUCGACCAACCUGUCUACACUGUGUCCCUACCAGAGAACUCUCCGCCGGGCACGCUGGUGAUCCAGCUCAACGCCACAGACCCAGAUGAGGGCCAGAACGGCGAGGUCGUGUACUCCUUCAGCAGCCACAUUUCGCCCCGGGCGCGGGAGCUCUUCGGACUCUCCCCGCGCACAGGCCGGCUGGAGGUGAGCGGCGAGCUGGACUAUGAAGAGAGCCCAGUGUACCAAGUGUACGUACAAGCCAAGGACCUGGGCCCCAACGCCGUGCCGGCACACUGCAAGGUGCUCGUGCGAGUGCUGGAUGCUAAUGACAACGCGCCAGAGAUCAGCUUCAGCACCGUGAAGGAGGCGGUGAGCGAGGGCGCGGCGCCGGGCACAGUGGUGGCUCUGUUCAGCGUGACCGACCGCGACUCAGAGGAGAAUGGGCAGGUGCAGUGUGAGCUGCUAGGGGACGUGCCGUUCCGCCUCAAGUCUUCCUUCAAGAACUACUACACCAUCGUGACUGAGGCCCCCCUGGACCGAGAGGCGGGGGACUCCUACACCCUGACCGUGGUGGCUCGGGACCGGGGCGAACCUUCGCUCUCCACCAGUAAAUCGAUCCAGGUGCAAGUGUCAGAUGUGAAUGACAACGCACCGCGGUUCAACCAGCCGGUCUACGACGUGUAUGUGACCGAGAACAACGUUCCAGGCGCCUACAUCUACGCCGUGAGCGCCACGGACCGCGACGAGGGCGCCAACGCCCAGCUAGCCUACUCGAUCCUCGAGUGCCAGAUCCAGGGCAUGAGUGUCUUCACUUACGUCUCCAUCAACUCCGAGAACGGCUACUUGUACGCCCUGCGCUCCUUCGACUACGAGCAGCUCAAGGACUUCAGCUUUCAGGUGGAAGCCCGGGACGCCGGCAGCCCCCAGGCGCUGGCUGGCAACGCCACGGUCAACAUCCUCAUCGUGGAUCAGAACGACAACGCCCCUGCCAUCGUGGCGCCCCUGCCAGGGCGCAACGGGACGCCAGCGCGGGAAGUGCUGCCCCGCUCGGCAGAGCCAGGUUACUUGCUGACUCGCGUGGCCGCGGUGGACGCGGACGACGGCGAGAACGCCCGGCUCACCUACAGCAUUGUGCGGGGCAACGAAAUGAACCUCUUCCGCAUGGACUGGCGCACCGGGGAGCUCCGCACGGCGCGCCGGGUGCCGGCCAAGCGCGACCCCCAGCGGCCUUACGAGCUGGUGAUCGAGGUGCGCGACCACGGGCAGCCGCCCCUGUCCUCCACCGCCACCCUGAUGGUGCAGCUAGUGGAUGGCGCUGCUGAGCCCCAGGGCGGGGGCGGGGGCGGGGGCGGGGGGUCCGGGGAGCACCAGCGCCCUAGCCGCUCUGGCGGCGGGGAGACCUCGCUGGACCUAACCCUCAUCCUCAUCAUCGCUCUGGGCUCGGUGUCCUUCAUCUUCCUGCUGGCCAUGAUCGUGCUGGCCGUGCGUUGCCAAAAGGAGAAGAAGCUCAACAUCUACACGUGUCUGGCCAGCGACUGCUGCCUCUGCUGCUGCUGCUGUGGCGGCGGGGGCUCGACCUGCUGCGGCCGCCAAGCCAGGGCGCGCAAAAAGAAACUCAGCAAGUCGGACAUCAUGCUGGUGCAGAGCUCCAACGUACCCAGCAACCCGGCCCAGGUGCCGGUGGAGGAGUCCGGGGGCUUUGGCUCCCACCACCACAACCAGAAUUACUGCUACCAGGUCUGCCUGACCCCUGAGUCCGCCAAGACCGACCUGAUGUUCCUUAAGCCCUGCAGCCCUUCUCGGAGUACGGACACUGAGCACAACCCCUGCGGGGCCAUCGUCACUGGCUACACAGACCAGCAGCCCGACAUCAUCUCCAACGGAAGCAUUUUGUCCAACGAGACUAAACACCAGAGAGCAGAGCUCAGCUAUCUAGUUGACAGACCUCGCCGAGUUAACAGUUCUGCAUUCCAGGAAGCCGACAUAGUAAGCUCUAAGGACAGUGGUCAUGGAGACAGUGAGCAGGGAGAUAGUGAUCACGAUGCCACCAACCGUGGCCAGUCAGCUGGUAUGGAUCUCUUCUCCAACUGCACCGAGGAAUGUAAAGCCCUGGGCCACUCAGAUCGGUGCUGGAUGCCUUCUUUCGUCCCUGCGGAUGGCCGCCAGGCUGCCGAUUACCGCAGCAACCUGCACGUGCCCGGCAUGGACUCGGUGCCAGACGCCGAGGUGUUUGAAACGCCCGAGGCGCAGCCCGGGGCCGAGCGCUCCUUCUCCACCUUCGGCAAAGAGAAGGCCCUGCACAGCACUUUGGAGAGGAAGGAGCUGGACGGACUGCUGUCUACUACACGAGCGCCUUACAAACCACCAUAUUUGACACGGAAAAGGAUAUGCUAGUCAAUUCUACAGGACUUCCCCGAAGCAGCAUGAUUUGCACAAAGUCGACCAACAAAAGCAUCAACUUUUCAACUUCAUUAUCUUGGCCAUCCAGUUAGUUGUGUGUAACUGAGUAUCAGAUUGCCUCUGCAGUCAUCACGGCCAAGUUAGGACCUACUUGCUCUCAGCAGGUCUGAGAAAUGAGUUGAAAUGUGCAGAACUGUAGAAACUUUAGGCAACUGAUUUUGCCUCUUCGAUCAGUGUGUGCCUGUUUACAGCACUAUAUAUCUUACUCUUUCCAAAUGUCACUGAGCCCUUUAGAUGUUUAUAUUCACCACGAGAAGCCAGUCAUAAGGAUAAAGAAAAUCUGUGCAUUAUAAAUGCAAUAUCACUGUUUUAAACUUGACUGUUUUAUAUUAUUUUUGUGUGAUCAAGUGUUCCCCAAACUAUUCCAACUUUACAAGAAAGAUUGUGAUUAUGUUCUUUUCACCUGUGGGUUAUAAAAAAAAAAAAAUGUUGUAUUCUGACGACCCACAAAAUAUCAAAGACAUUCUGUAGUUUAUACACCGUGUUGCAAAGUGUUUACUGUACUAUUUCAAAGCUUCUAAAUAAAUAUAAAAUAUAUAUAUUAUAUUAUAUAAUUUUCCUAAAAUGUGGUACAACUCAGUUGGUUUUUAAAUGGAUUCAUACAGUCCACAUCAUACAAUAAAGUAAAAGGUAAUUCAGGGUCCCAAAGAUAAACUUACUAAGAAAAAAAAUAAGCAUUAAUUGUUUCCUCCCAGUUUUCAUAUCUUAGUCAACCCUGUUUUUCCUUGUUUAAAAGAAAAUGAAGCUCUAAGCUACAAAAUUUUGUCAAGAACUUGUACUGAAUUUUCAAUGCCAAAGAUCUAGCUGUCGAUUUAUCCGAGCACUGAACAUGUACUAUCAAAAUACCUAACAAUCUACAUUAUUUCGAUUCUAUUUCUAUGGCUUUGAAUUGAGGAUCAUUUAAAGCUUUUAUAAAGAAUCUAUUCAGUCAUCUGUACUUGUUGUUAGAAAAACAAACACUGGGUGUCGGUACAUUUUGUGGUGUAAAAUAUGUAAUUGAAGAUUACUAUUUUAAGAAGUCCUCAAUCAUAUAACUCAGAAUUUUAUUUUACAUAGUUUUGCAUAGUUUUGUGACUUCGAAUAACACAUGCAUAUAAAAUCUAUUUAUAACUCUAUGAAUAUAGAGAGAUAUAUAAAUCUCUGAACUGGUAAUGAAUAAGUAUAAGAUAUAAAGAAUCUCUAAAUUUAAAACAAAUCUAAUAAAUUUGGAGAUAGAAACAUGGUACAUUCUUGUUUCAGUAUUACCUUAUGUGUGAAAGUUUUAUAGCUUAAAUGUAGUCAGUGCUGUAUUAAUGAGGAAAUUCUACAUGAGUCAGCCUUGAAAACUGAAGCUUUUCUUUUACUUUAUGUCAACAGGUUAAUGACUAAAUUCUGUAGGAUGC